GAGAAUCGAUUACGAGCGAUGAUGAGGAGAGUCGAAUGUAACAACGGUCGAUCAACGAUCGAUUUUCUGCUCCAUCUUUCACGAAUUUACCUACUGGGAAAUGAGUUAUAUGGCCACGUAGUUCUACAUCCGCAAUUUAAAAUCGACAAUGGACGACGCGGUGCCGAGCGCGUCAUCCGCGCAAUCCGCGACGGCAAAGUACAAGGAGAGAAUGAAGCGACUCAGAGACCUCCACGCCAAGAGGAAUGAGGCUAGAAUGCAGAACCACAAGGAAGUUGUAGAGGAGGAUAAGAGGAACAAGCUGCCUGCCAAUUGGGAAUCUCGCAAGAGACAGGCCGAGUGGAUAAUACAAGAUGAAGCUGCUAGAAAAGAAGCGGAAGAAAAAGGUGAGGAUUACGAGCGAAAAAAAUUGCUGAAUAUUGAUGCCACUGAAGCAGAGAGGAUAGCCAGGAAGAAGAAGAGCAAACAGAAUCCCGAUCCAGGUUUCUCAGAUUACGAACAAGCGGCAAUACGUUCUUACAAUAGACAAGUGAAAAACAUCAAACCGAACAUGGAGGCAUACGAAGAAGCGAAAGAGAAGCUAGGCCCUGCUUUUUAUGGUGAUCCGAAUACGAUAUUACAUGGUUUGCACGAGGAUAAAAAGGAAGCGAUAGAUAAAAUGGUCACCAAUCUGGAGAAACAAGCCGCAAAACGGGAGAAAUACAGCAGGCGUAGAAUGCACAACGAUGACGCAGAUAUCGACUACAUUAAUGAACGUAAUGCUAAGUUUAAUCAGAAACUGGAAAGAUUCUAUGGCGAGUAUACUCGAGAGACGAAGCUAAACUUGGAGAGGGGAACGGCUAUAUAAGAAAGAAUCCAGUUGUUGUAAAUUAUCACAAUACUUGUAUUUUAUGUACUAUGAUACGAUGAUAUUUAUACAAAUAAGAAUUUUGCGAUGUUUUGUCGAAUAUAUCUUUAGCUGUUCUUACUGACGAUGUCUAUUGCUCUGCGGUACGCGAAAAAUCUAAAGAUAGAUCCGUAAAAAUUGUCUCGCGAGAAAAGAAAUCUAAUCGUCUCGGAUAACGAAGAACUAGUUAACGAUUCUAAUAAUGCGGUACGCACUAAUCAUAAAUAAAAAAUUAAGUUACAUCAUUACAUUAGUCACAUAUGUUCUCUAUUACAAUCGCUUAGUCCUACGAAAUUUGUUCAUUUAAUUUAAAUAAAAUUUUUUAUAUGUA